AUGAGUUAUAGAGGUCGAGGUAGAGGUGGUGGAUAUAAUAACAACUUCCAGAAUAGAAACAAUUUUGGAAAUCAGCAACAAAAUAUCGAUGCACACGCAGCAGCAAAUGCUUAUCCCAUUGAAAUCGUGGGAUGGAACGGUGCUAGUCUGAGUGAUUGCAUUAAUUUCAUUUCCAGAAAAUGCAGAAUAGUUGUUAGCAACUACAGUGUAGAUCAAAACACUGGCGUUUUGAAAGGCUACGUUAGAAAUGAAGCUCAAGCAAAUGAUUUACUUAAUUGGUCUGGCGUCAAAUUUGCUGGACAGUCCUUGAGGUUUUCCAAAGGGCCCUCGACCAUAUCUAGCCAGAUGGGUGGGUCAGCAACAGGAGCUGGAAACACAAUUGAAACGAUCACGAAUUUUUUAAAGGGACGAUACCAGCCUGAAAUCAAAAUGCUUAAUUUGAGUAGUGUCAAGCAAGAUGCAACUCUCAAUGCCCAAGGGUUUUUUGCAUCAAUGUCGGUAACCUCUAAAUUUUUCCCUGCAUUAAUGAAAAUCGCCGCUGAUUUGAAAAUCGACGUUGAAAGUGUUGAUUUAUCCGGUAAUGAACUCAAUGACUUGCAUGCAAUUUCUUCCAUGACGCAGACAUUUCCAAAGUUGAAGAAUUUAUCCCUUCAAAACAACAAUUUGUCAAGAACAAAAGUAUUCGAAACUUGGAAGCACAAACUUAUCUUCUUGAGAGAAUUGAUUUUAUUCAACAAUCCCAUCGUUCAAACUACAAACCCCGCAGAGAUUCAAGAAAUUAAGUUGGAAAUGAUGAGAUGUUUUCCAAGGUUGGUUAUAUUGAAUGGAGAGCUAUUGAGGAAUGAACAAAUGUUGAAUGCAAAUUCAAGCUCACCAUUUGGGUCUCAAGCCAUGUUCUUCCAAGACGAGGAGAUUAGGAAUUUGGCGACAAAUUUUGUUGCCAACUAUUUGAAUCUAUGGGACACUAAUAGAGCCAACUUGAUGGUGCUUUAUCAAAAUGAGUCGCAAUUUUCCAUGCAGUUGGACACAUCCCACCCCCAUUUAAUUGAAGACGUGAACAGUAGUUCGAAUAUCGACUUUGGAAAUUAUAUGCCGAACUCAAGAAAUCUUACUCGCAUUUCGUCCGGUAAGGCGAGAAUGAGCAAACUUGCAAUAGGAACAGAGCAAAUCUAUAAAAGUUUUCAGCAUCUACCCAAAACCAAGCACAAUUUAGUUGAAAACCCCGACUCAUUCAGUAUGGAGUGCUACAAGUAUGCCCCGCUCAACGGAAUAGUCAUCACUGUACAUGGAUCUUUCGAGGAGACGGCACAGCCUGAAAUUUCCGAUAAUAGUGCUUCGCAGGGAUCGCGUGGCGGAAGAUUUCAUUCGCAGGGUCGAAACAGAAAGCACGAGUUAUGUAAAAAGAGCUUUGAUAGAACCUUCAUAGUCUUGCCCGGUCCAAACGGAAGCAUGGUUGUCGCAAGUGAUCUUUUGCUUAUAAGACCAUUCACUAGAGAAGCUGCCUGGACUAGCCAACACUUACCCCAUCAACAGGGCCCACAACAGCCAGCAGUAGCCACAGGUGUCCCCGUUCAGCAACCACCCAAUGUUUUACAAGGAGCAAACACACAAGCUGCACCUGCCGCACCAUCUGUACCUGUACCAUCUUUGACAGAUUUACCUCCAGAAAUCAAAUCUAGCCUUCAAGUGCCACAGCAAGAAUUAUUGGUAAAGAUAUUAGUGGAGACAAAACUCAACCUACAGUAUGCAGUAAUGCUUUGCGAACAAAGUCAAUGGGAUUACAACCAAAGUAUGAUAAAUUUUAAAAAUUCCGCUGCAUCAUUACCACGAGAUGCAUUUAUAUAG